CCAGCCACCAUCAUGAUCUCCCUCCAUCAUCAAUAAAUAUAUUCCAGUUUUCCCGAUUAGAAACGCAUAUAACUGAAGAAAUGUUAUUUAGUUAGUCGAAAAUACCGGGGGUGUAUUAGUGUGUAGCCAAAAAGGGGUUGUUGGAACCGUUUUAACGACAUUCUUAUUAAAAUCUCGAUUCAACUCGUCGAUUUUCCAUCGAUAGAUCCGACAGGAUGAACAGGUUGGGAAAUUUCAAAUUGCCACCAUUGAGUGCUGCGGUCAACGUUGCGGGGCAACUUAAGAGGCAGUUUCUACCUUCGCAGCCUCCCGGGGGACAACCUAUGGCCCAGCAACAAAGUGGGGAAAGGGUCCAUUUUGCUCAGCUCCCCGACCAAAAUCACACCAGUCAUGGGACAGUGGUAACCCAAGAGCGCCACGAGAUGUCCAACAUGCAGACAUCCACGAACCCUUUUGGCCCUUCGAAUCCCAGCAACCCCUUUUUGCAGAACCAGGUGGAGGCCGGCGAUACCGGCAGCUACCAGCAGGAAACUCACUUCAAUAACGAAGGCAUAACAAAACAACACAGCAGAAUGUCCUCCGUAGACUUUUCCGAAGAGAGCGACUUUGUCGAAGGCAAAAGCGACAUCAAAAUAAACGAGUACCAGGCGGCCUGGAACGUGACCAACGCGAUCCAGGGCAUGUUCAUCGUUUCGCUACCGUUCGCCGUCCAGAUCGGGGGCUAUUGGGCGAUCGCCGCGAUGAUCUUUGUGGCACAGAUUUGCUGCUACACCGGGAAGAUCCUCGUCGAUUGUUUAUACGAGAUCGAUUUACAAACCGGACGCAGGAUACGAGUGAGGGACUCGUACGUGGCCAUCGCAAAGGAAUGUUUCGGCAAGAAAUAUGGAUCGAAAAUGGUCGCGACCGCCCAAAUUAUCGAACUUUUGAUGACCUGCAUCUUGUAUGUGGUGGUUUGUGGCGAUUUGAUGAUUGGGUCGUUCCCUGAGGGAGCGAUCGACACCAGGUCCUGGAUGAUGCUUAUUGGAAUAUUCUUGCUACCACUUGGGUUCCUGAAGUCCCUUAAAAGCGUCUCGCUGCUCUCUUUCUGGUGCACGAUGUCACACAUACUAAUCAACGUGAUCAUCCUGGGCUACUGUUUGCUCUACAUCGGCGAGUGGGGCUGGGGCAACGUGAAAUGGACCCUGGACUUAAGGAACUUCCCGAUCAGUCUGGGCGUGAUCGUGUUCUCUUACACCUCCCAAAUAUUCCUGCCCACUUUGGAGGGAAACAUGGAGGAUCCGUCGAAGUUUGACUGGAUGCUGGAGUGGAGCCACGUGUGGGCCGCGGUAUUCAAAGCGGUUUUUGGCUACGUCUGCUUUUUAACAUUCCAAGAGGAUACCCAGCAAGUGAUCACCAAUAAUUUGCAUUCGCCCUUUUUAAAGGGUUUGGUGAAUCUCUGUUUGGUAAUAAAGGCCUUGCUGAGUUACCCGUUGCCGUAUUAUGCCGCUUGUGAACUGUUGGAGCGCUCGUUCUUCCGCGGAAAGCCAAAAACACCUUUUCCAUCGAUUUGGGAUCAAAAUGGUGAUUUUAAGGUGUGGGGUCUGGCAUGGAGGGUGGGGAUUGUCUUGUUUACUAUUCUAAUGGCCUGUUUUAUUCCUCAUUUUCAGAUAUUGAUGGGUUUUAUUGGUAGUUUCACUGGAACCAUGCUUAGCUUCAUAUGGCCUGCCUACUUUCAUAUUAAAUUGAAGGGGAAUACUUUGGAUAGGAAACAUAUUAUGUUUGAUUAUUUUAUUAUUUAUUUGGGGUGUAUUUUCUGUGUUAUGGGCAUAUUCGAUUCUGGGAGGGCCUUAAUAGAUGCCUUCUCUAUUGGGCUGCCUUUUUAAGUUCAGUUAAAAAGCAAUACAUUUUUUGGCAUGUACAUAAUAUUGAUAAUAUGUCAACGAAGUCUUCCAUUUUACAAAUUUACUAUAAAGAGGGAAAACCCUGAAAAAUGACAAGAUUAAUGCCACUGUUAAACAAGUCUUCCAAGUUAGCUGAUAAAAAAAAACGUUUUGAUCUAUAUGUCAUUUAGAUAUAGUCAAUUGAACUUAGGUUUUAAGGUGCAGACAAUACAAUAAGUCUUCCAAAUAAUGUCUUCCAAAGUAGCAUAUAAAAACAUAUUUAUUACGAGUCUGUGUGUAUCUUUACAAUGUGUAUAAAAUAUAUUGUUUACUAUAGGCAUAAAAAAAUUAGAAAUAGGUUGUUAAAGGUUGUUAUAUCCUACAUAUGUAAAAAAAGACUUAAUGUAACACAAAAGUUUUAUUUAAGAAUCAAUAAAUAGUUCCA